UUAUGGUGACUAGCUUUUUCGCAACCGGUUUGCCGCCAGAACACAGUUCAGGUGUCGUGAAAACCACCGCUUAACCUAAACCAAAAUGGGAAAGGAAAAGACUCACAUCAACAUCGUCGUCAUUGGACACGUAGAUUCGGGCAAGUCUACCACUACUGGUCAUCUGAUCUACAAAUGUGGUGGGAUCGACAAAAGAACUAUUGAGAAAUUCGAGAAGGAGGCUGCUGAGAUGGGAAAGGGCUCCUUCAAGUAUGCCUGGGUCUUGGAUAAACUAAAAGCUGAACGUGAACGUGGUAUCACCAUUGAUAUCUCCCUGUGGAAAUUCGAGACCAGCAAGUAUUACGUGACCAUUAUCGAUGCCCCAGGACACAGAGACUUCAUCAAAAACAUGAUUACAGGAACAUCUCAGGCUGACUGUGCUGUCCUGAUUGUUGCUGCUGGUGUUGGUGAAUUUGAAGCAGGUAUCUCCAAGAAUGGGCAGACCCGUGAGCAUGCCCUUUUGGCUUACACACUGGGUGUAAAACAGCUGAUUGUUGGUGUUAACAAAAUGGAUUCCACUGAGCCACCCUACAGCCAGAAGAGAUACGAGGAAAUUGUUAAGGAAGUCAGCACCUACAUUAAGAAAAUUGGCUACAACCCCGACACAGUAGCAUUUGUGCCAAUUUCUGGUUGGAAUGGUGACAACAUGCUGGAGCCAAGUGCUAACAUGCCUUGGUUCAAGGGAUGGAAAGUCACCCGUAAAGAUGGGAACGCCAGUGGAACCACACUGCUUGAAGCUCUGGAUUGCAUUCUGCCACCAACUCGUCCUACUGACAAGCCCUUGCGUCUGCCUCUCCAGGAUGUCUACAAAAUUGGUGGUAUUGGUACUGUCCCUGUGGGCCGAGUGGAGACUGGUGUUCUUAAACCUGGCAUGGUGGUCACCUUUGCUCCAGUCAAUGUUACAACUGAAGUAAAGUCUGUUGAAAUGCACCAUGAAGCGUUGAGUGAGGCUCUUCCUGGGGACAAUGUGGGCUUCAAUGUCAAGAACGUAUCUGUCAAAGAUGUUCGUCGUGGCAAUGUGGCUGGUGACAGCAAAAAUGACCCACCAAUGGAGGCAGCUGGUUUCACGGCUCAGGUGAUUAUCCUGAACCAUCCAGGCCAAAUCAGUGCUGGAUAUGCACCUGUGCUGGAUUGUCACACAGCUCACAUUGCUUGCAAGUUCGCUGAGCUGAAGGAGAAGAUAGAUCGUCGUUCUGGGAAAAAGCUGGAAGAUGGUCCCAAGUUCUUGAAAUCUGGUGAUGCUGCCAUUGUUGAUAUGGUUCCUGGCAAGCCUAUGUGUGUUGAGAGCUUCUCUGACUAUCCUCCUCUGGGCCGUUUUGCAGUUCGUGACAUGAGACAGACGGUUGCUGUGGGUGUCAUCAAAGCGGUGGACAAGAAGGCAGCUGGAGCUGGCAAGGUCACCAAGUCUGCCCAGAAAGCUCAGAAGGCUAAAUGAAUAUUAUCCCCAAUACCUGCCACCCCAGUCUUAAUCAGUGGUGGAAGAACGGUCUCAGAACUGUUUGUGUCAAUUGGCCAUUUAAGUUUAAUAGUAAAAGACUGGUUAAUGAUAACAAUGCAUCGUAAAACCUUCAGAAGGAAAG